GCAGCAAAGAUCUACACAAUGUAAACACAACCCACACUAUGGGCUGACGCCGCGCAGCACUAUCCAAAAAACCAGUGACCAAAACUAUGCCUAACAGGACCAAAGCUUACGUGAUGAAGUGACAAAACCCUGCCACGAUGGACGACAGCUCUCCCGACCUGUCGCUGAAGCUGCGGCGGGGGUCGAGCGACUCCAGGGAAUCCUUCUACAUGGACUUUGCCCAGGGCAUAGACUCGGACAUAGAGGAGGUGACGACCAUAGAGCGGGUGAUUCCAGAGCACCCGGGGGGGCUGAGUGAGGGGGAUGCUGACACGCUGAACACGCCGUCUGGACUGGAGGAUCUCAAGGAUAUGCCGCCGUGCUGCUACUCAAUCCCGCCGAACAACAUCUCGGGAGGCUCUCACGUGUCACGCGGCACGUGCAGCGGCUCCGAGCUGUCGGGGCUGACGGCCGGCAGCGCGCCGCCGCUGCCCAGCCCCGCCUCGGCCGGCGCCGCGCUGGUGUCCCCCGAGACGCUCAGUCGACACAGCAGCCCGCCGCCGCUGCCGCCGCACCCGCAGCCGAGCUGCUCCUCGCAUCGGGUGCAUAUGGAGUCGCCUAUGAGGUUAUCCAGCCCGCCAUCCCUGGGCGGGUCCCUGUCUCUUCAGCCGGUGCUGUACGGACACCCCGCGCACGCCCCGCUGCCGCCGCUGCGCCGCCCCUCGCGCCCCGCCGGCAUACAGCACGUGCAUGUUAUUAGCGCAGGCGACGCUCUGGCGACGACGUUGUCAGCUCUCUACGGCAAGCUGUUGGUGGUGAUGGGCAUCGCCUUCCCCAUGGCCGAGGUCAUCUCCACCUACAUCCCGCCUUCUUUCUACGAGGGUUUCUACCUGUACCUGUACAUCGGCAGCAUGGCCUUCCUGCUGUACAUGUACGCGGCGCUCGCCAACGACCGCAGCCGGGCGGAGAAGGAUAAUACUGUCGUGGCCAAGACGGACACGAGCUCAUCCCCCUCCGAGUCGGAAUCCUGCUCUUCCCGGACCGAGCGCUCGGCGCCGCCGCUGUCGCCCGCGCACCUGGCCGCCAAGAGGCUGUCUCUGGGGUUUGCACUGGCCACGAGGGCGCACCACUACGGGAGCUUUUAUUUGAGGAUGGGCGCUGUUGCAUUCGGCAUCGGCUCCAUGAUCUACUCCGGGCUGGAGUUCGGGCAGUACUUCGAGCUGGAGAGGAACACCACCUGCCACAACGUGCUGCUGGCGCUCACGCCGGCCACCCGGAUGGCCUUCAUCUUCAUACAGAUGUACUUCAUCUUCCUUAACAAUGAGAUGAAAGUGUACAAGCACAAGAUCGUGGCCCGCUUCGGGCUCAUGCACAUGGUGGGCACCAACCUCAGCGUGUGGCUGAACGUGCUGGUGCAGGAGACCAAGCACGAGAUCCUCACCUUCUACGACCCCGAAAACCGGACCAUAGGCCUGCAGCACCGACUUGCAUUCCAAAAGGAGUUCACGGGUCUGGGCACGGAGGUGUCUCCCUCGCACCCCGCGGCCGCACACCUGCGGGUCCCGCGCGGCCUCAAGGGCCCGCACCACAUCUUCGAGUGCCGGCGCACCAACAUCAUGGGCUCGCUGGUGCAGGACGCCUCGCCCUUCCUCUUCCCCUGCACCAUCGAGUACUCGCUCAUAUGCGCCGCCAUCUUGUACGUCAUGUGGAAGAACAUCUCCAAGUAUCCGUCAAAAGAUGUCGCCGCUGCCAUAGCCAAAGCGAGGCUUCUAGAAGGACUCGCAUACAAAAAGUCGCCCCAUCUAUACAGCGUCGACUGCGCCCGAGCCCACAAAGGCCUUUUCUUCGGCAUUCUAGUCCUAGUCCUCACCAUCAUUUCGUUAAUACUCUUCUUUGUUCUCGUUUCCAAAAGAGAAUACGCCAUGUUGGCUGUGAUAGAAGUGAACGUGUGUGAACUUACGCUUUACGGAAUGACAACAUUUGCCAGUCUGGCUGGCAUGGUCUGCAUAAGAAAACUGAAGUACGACGGCAACAGAAACCUCGAGCUAGACAACAUCCUGCUCGUCGGCGCCCAGACCGGCAUGUUCAUCUACAGCACCUUCACCAUCAUCGGCGGUCAGUUCACGAUGGAGAAGAACACAAUCCUGAUCCUAGUAACGGCGCUGUCGUCGCUGAUCCAGACCACGUGCCAGACGAUGUUCAUCCUGGACGCGAGCCGACGCACGGCGAAGACGCCAGAGCAGUUGCGGAAGAAACCUGGACGGGAGAUAGUGACGUUCCUUCUGGUGACUAAUCUGGCUAUGUGGGCGAUAAAUACGCUUGAAAAGUCUCGUGCGGAGUCCCACCCGGUGCAGCUGCACUUCUACGGGCUGUGGGCGUGGACGAUCAUCACGCACGUGUCUAUGCCGCUGGCCAUCUUCUACCGGUUCCACUCGACCGUGUGUCUGUGCGAGAUCUGGAAGCGCGCCUACAAGAUGAAGCCGGCGUACAUGUAGCGACGAGUGAACAGAUACUGAGAGGUUACUGCUGAUUUGAAAGCAGUUUGUAAAUAGUGGACUUUUGAAAAGUGAAGUAGGGGUUAGGAUUGAUUGUGUGCCAUUGUUGCAAUAUGAUUUAGUUGGGAUAAAUAGAAUAGAUGUUAUAUAAUUACAAGUUCAUAAUAUUAUUGUUUUCUUUUUAGCGUUUGUUUCAAAGUCAAUACUCAGUUUUUGCAUGAUUGCUCUUUAUUCAUGUAAAUUUGUAGUAAGAAAUUAGUGUCUCAUAUGUAGUUAGUCAGUUGAAGGUCCUACAUUGUUCUUAUUUCCGUUACAGUUUAAUGUUGAAGACAAAUUAAAUGUUAAGUUAUUGUAUUAAAUAAUAUUUUAAAGCGUUAUUUAUUUGUAGCUUUGUUAGAUGCUUUAAAUAGUAUAUAAAUUAUACGUUGGUACAAGUACUAUGACAUUUUUUAAAUUAUAAAUCAUGUGAAAACUAGAUUUAAAAUUUACUCCGGUAAUUUUCAUUUAACACUCAAAAUAGCCACGAAUAUUUGAUAAGAAAUCUCUCCUGAAAGUCAUUAGCUUUGCAAGUGUUUUUAAGACGUAUGAUAUGGUACUGAUAUUAAAGGUGUUUUACGCUUUUUCAUUAAAACAAUAAUAAAAAUAUAACUCUCAUCGUCGCGUCGUUGGUCCAUAUCAGAAUAAAAACUGCAGUAAGUAGCCACUCCUGAUUCUGUUUAUGUGUCAGCAUAACAGUUUGGCCUAAGUGAAUUUAAUCUUGUAAUCAUUGUCUGCAUAGAUAAUUCAGUUUUAUUGAAGAGUGUGACAGGAUUGUGUGGAAACAGUUUUUGUGUUACCUAACAAUGUCUUCCAAUAGUCAUCUAGCAUUAAGUCUUCAUUAUCUCGGCUUGCAAAAUUUUCAUACUUCGAUUAACAUUAACAAUUAAUUCUGUAUUCUAUUUAUAACCUUAUACAUACCUAUAUCUAUAAAAUUUGUCUAAAAUAUUAUGUAGACGCCUAUUCUUGUACAGGAAAUAUUUUCAAAUUUAAUAUCAAGGGAUCAAUUUACGCGCAUCGACUAAAUCCUAUAACUGAGAUCCAAUAGCAUUUAACCUAUUAUAUUAUCUACAUGAACUCAAAAUAGGAUGGUUAAAAAUUAAAAUUUAAAUCAGAGGGUAGAAUCUGAUCUGCCAUAUUGUUUUUCUAUUAGAUGAAUCUAGAUGAGUCGUGUAGUUCGAUCAUGGUUUUGAUACAAUAUAUUGUUAGAACCCUAAUAUUUCGAA